AAAAAAUAUGGAAGUGAUUUAGAAAGUAAGCCUGAAUUCGUUAAAUUAUUUGAGCUAUUAAGAAGAACAAUUUUAUAUGGAGAAUCAAAUUCAUUAUUACUUGUUGGCCCACCAGGAAGCGGGAAAACUUUUAUGGUUGAAAAAGUUUUAGAUGAAUUAUAUAAUACAAAAGAAACAUUGCAAUUAUUCUCGUUAGUACGAUUAAACGGAUUAAUACAUACCGAUGAUAAAAUCGCAUUGAAAACAAUCAUAAAACAAUUAAUUCUAGAAAAUGAAAUUGAAGAUUGUAGUAAUAAAAGUUUUGCGGAAAACUUAAAUCUUAUUUUAGAAUGUUUUAAAAAUAAGAAUAGUAAAAGUAUUAUUUUUAUUUUGGAUGAAUUUGAACUGUUCUGUUCGCAUCAUAAUCAAACAUUAUUGUACAAUUUGUUCGAUGUUGCUCAAAGUCCAAUUUUUGUUUUAGGAAUAACUUCUAAUAAUUCCGUGGUCGAAUUAUUAGAGAAACGUGUAAAAUCUCGAUUUUCACAUCGAAGAAUUACAUUAUUUCCAUCAAUCGAAAAUCGACUUAAAGAUUUAUUGUUGCCAGAAAGUUUAUCUAAAGAAAAUUUGGAUGAUAUUCAAGAAUGGAACAAUCACGUUUCGGAUAUUUUAGAAGACACAAAUUUACAAAAAUCAUUUAAAUUAUUCGCCGACUUAACAAAUAAUCAUAAUGAAAUUGGAAAUAUUCUUUUACAAUUUAUAUCACAAAUUCAAAACAAUAAUAAAUGGCCGAAUGCAACAAAUUUAAUCGAUUUACUAAACCAUCAUUAUAAUGAAGAUUCCCAAGUAAAUAUACUGACUGGAUUUUCAAUCUUAGAAAUAUGUCUUUUAAUUGCAAUGAAACAUCAUUGUGAAAUAUAUGAUGAUCAACCAUUUAAUUUUAAAAUGAUUUAUACACGAUAUUUAAAAUUUUGUAAUAGUUCGAUUGGUGUACAAGUUGAACCACAACGUGUUGCAAUGAAAGCAUUUCAACAUAUUGUACAACUCGAGUGUAUUGUACCAAUUACAGGACAAAUACAAUAUGAACAUCAAAUGUUUAAAUUAACUGUUACAUUUGAUCAAAUAUCGACAGCUAUUAAAAAAUGUACGGAUUUACCAACAAAUAUUUCACAAUGGGCGAUUAGUUCGAUUGUAUGA